AUGUCAUUAGACUUUGGCAGUGUGGCACUACAGACACAAAAUGAAGACGAAGAAUAUGACAAUGAAGACUAUGAAAGGGAGAAAGAGUUGCAGCAGUUACUCACAGACCUUCCUCAUGAUAUGCUGGAUGAUGACCUCUCCUCUCCCGAGCUCCACUAUUCAGACAGCAGCGAGGAUGGCGUAGAGGAAGAAGCACAUCAUUCUGAGCAAUCGGAGAUGAACUGGAAAGAGCAUCAAGUGCUGCCCAAAUCUCAAAGUGUAAAUGACUAUAAUGAACUAAAGGGUUUCUAUGUUGGAGAGAAAUGUGGCAAUGGCUGGGAAGAAAAUCGAAGUAAAACUGAAGACCGGUAUCCUGGGUACCAUCUUGAAGAAGGAGGAGAUGAAGGCGGAAGUGGUUAUAGUCCUCCAAGUCCUCCUCACAUUUGUGAACAGACUGAUUUAUAUCACCUUCCUGAAAACUUCAGGCCAUAUACCAAUGGUCAGAAGCAGGAAUUUAAUAACCAACCAACCAAUGCAAUUACAUUUUCGGAUUCUCAAAGGAACCAUUUUCAGCAAUUUGGUUCAGCACAAGGUCCCAGUUGUCAAGCUUUGGAACCAUAUAAAGUGACAUAUAAACCUUAUCAGUCUUCUGCCCAGAAUAAUGGCUCACCAGCCCAGGAGAUAGCAGGAAGUGACACAUUUGAAGGCCUGCAACAACAAUUUUUAGGAGCUAAUGGAAAUUCUGCAGAAAAUAUACACAUUAUUCAACUUCAGGUUCUUAACAAAGCAAAAGAGAGACAAUUAGACAAUUUAGUUGAAAAGUUAAAUGAAAGUGAACAUCAAAUUCGAUAUCUGAAUCACCAGCUUCUGAUGAUCAAAGAUGAAAAGGAUGGUUUGACCCUCAGCCUUCGAGAAUCACAGAAACUCUUUCAGAAUGGAAAAGAAAGAGAGAUACAGCUUGAAGCACAAAUAAAAGCACUGGAGACCCAAAUACAAGCACUGAAAGUCAAUGAAGAACAGAUGAUCAAGAAGUCCAGAACAACAGAAAUGGCUCUGGAAAGCUUGAAGCAGCAACUAGUGGACCUUCACCAUUCUGAAUCACUUCAACGAGCCAGAGAGCAGCAUGAAAGCAUUGUCAUGGGCCUCACAAAGAAGUAUGAAGAGCAAGUGUUGUCCUUACAGAAGAAUUUGGAUGCUACAAUUACUGCACUUAAGGAGCAGGAAGACAUUUGCUCUAAUUUGAAAGAUCAUGUGAAACAACUGGAAAGGAAUGAAGAAGCAAUCAAAUUAGAAAAGACUGAGAUCAUUAACAGGUUGACGAGAAGUCUAGAGGAGAGUCAACAGCAGUGUGCCCACUUGUUGCAGUCAGGCUCAGUACAGGAGGUGGCUCAGCUACGGCUCCAGCUGCAGCAAGCACAAAAGGCACACGCUAUGAGUGAAAACAUGAACAAGGCUUUGCAAGAAGAAUUAACAGGACUCAAACAUGAAAUUUCUCUCUAUGAAUCUGCUGCAAAACUAGGAAUACCCCCAAGUGACUCAGAAGGAGAAUUAAAUAUAGAACUCACUGAAUCAUAUGUGGAUUUGGGUAUUAGAAAAGUCAACUGGAAAAAAUCCAAAGUCAACAGCAGUGUGCAGCAAGAAGACCCGAAUGAAGAGCUUUUGAAAGAUGAGGUCAUUCUGAAGUUGAAAGCAGAAGUGCAGCGUUUGCUGGGUAGCAACUCAGCAAAGCGUCAUCUGGUAUUUCAGUUACAAAAUGAGCUUAAAGGCUGUCAUAAAAAAAUUGAAGAUCUCCAAGUGAAGAAGGAUGAAAACAGCAUUGAAAUUGAGAUUAAAACAGAUACCUCAGAAAAGACAGCUAAUCAAUUAUGGCCUGUCUCGUCUUCCGAUGUGAUUGCCAAAGAUGACAUUCUGCAACUUAAAAAUGAAAUUCAAGUUUUACAACAACAAAAUAAGGAACUUAAAGAAACUGAAGAAAAACUGAGAAAUACAAAUCAAGACUUAUGUAAUCAAAUGAGACAAAUGGUUCAGGAUUUUGACCAUGAUAAACAAGAAGCUGUGGAUAGGUGUGAGAGGACUUAUCAGCAACACCACGAAGCCAUGAAAACCCAAAUACGUGAAAGCCUAUUAGCAAAGCAUGCUUUGGAGAAGCAGCAGCUCUUUGAGGCUUAUGAGGGGACUCACUUACAACUUAGGUCUGACUUAGAUAAGAUGAAUAAGGAGAUGGCUGCUGUUCAGGAAUGUUACCUAGAAGUGUGCAGAGAGAAGGAUAAUCUAGAAUUGACUCUCAGGAAGACCAUUGAAAAGGAGCAACAGGCUCAGGAGAAGAAGAUCAAACAAAAACUCAUUCAACAGCUUGAAAUGGAGUGGCAGUCUAAGCUGGAUCAAAGUGUAAAUGCAAUGAAAAAGAUGAUCUCAGACUGUGGCAGCCAGACUGACCAAGUAACCACCACUGAUAUCAUUUCCAAGAAAGAGAUGGCAGUUGUGAUAGAAGAGCAGACGCAGAAGAUCCAGCAAGAGUUAGAACAAGAGAAAGAGAUCGCUGUCAAGAGGGCUUUGAAGAAACUCGAAAUCGAAUUGGAACUCAAGUAUUGUGAAAAUAUUGCCAAACAGGUAGAAACAGCCGUGCAGAAUGCUCGUCAUCGAUGGCUGGAAGAACUGCCUGGGCUUGCAGAGUACAGAGCACGUGUGAGAGCAGAGCAGAAGAAGUGGGAGCAACAGCAAGAGAUCUCUGUGGCCAAGCAGAUAUCAAUGGCCGUUUCUGAAGCUAAAGAGAAAUGGAAAAGUGAGCUUGAAAAUAUGAAGAAAAAUGUAAUACCCGGUAAGGAAUUGAAAGAGAAGAUUCAUUCUCUUCAGAAGGAACUAGAGUUAAAGAACGAGGAAAUCCCUGUGGUUGUCAGGGCUGAGUUGGCUAAGGCUCGGAGUGUAUGGAACAAAGAAAAGCAAGAAGAAAUCCACAGAAUUCAAGAACAAAAUGAGCAAGAUUACCGGCAAUUUUUAGAUGAUCAUCGAAAUAAAAUUAAUGAGGUGCUUGCGGCAGCUAAAGAAGACUUUAUGAAACAAAAAACUGAGCUACUUCUUCAGAAAGAGACAGAAUUACAAACAUGUCUAGACCAGAGUCAUAGAGAAUGGACUGUUCAGGAAGCCAGGCGGAUCCAACUGGAAAUCUAUCAGUAUGAGGAAGACAUCCUAACUGUACUUGGAUUUCUCUUAAGGGAUACCCAAAAGGAGUACAUCGGUGGGUCAGAGGACAAGCAGCUUAUGGAAAUCAUGUCGACUUGUUCUUCAAAAUGGGUGACUGAGCAAUAUUGUGAAAAAUUAAAGGCCUGCAUAAAGAAAGCAUUUCAAGAUACAUUUUCCCUACUUAUAGAAAAUGCUGACACAGAAUGGGAAAAGAGAAAUAUGGCCGAGAUCUCUAAGGAUCCUGCCAGCGAGCACAUUGGCAGAGGAGACCCUGGAGUCCCGGCAGCCCUUCCUGCACCCACUUCUGGACAACACAUUCAGCCCCUGGCCUUGCAAGACACGGAAGCAGAAGCAGAUGAGAAAAAGAUCCUUGAAAUUAAAAAAUUAUCCUGUGGACACUGCUUCCAAGAACUUGAAAAGGCAAAGCAGGAAUGUCAAGAUCUGAAAAGAAAACUGGAGAAAUGCUGUAGGCAUCUUCAGCAUUUAGAAAGGAAGCACAAAGCUGUAGUGGAAAAAAUUGGAGAAGAGAAUAGUAAAGUUGUUGAAGAAUUAAUAGAAGAAAACAAUGACAUGAAGAAUAAAUUGGAAGAAAUGCAAACACUUUGUAAAAUACCACCAAGGUCAUUGUCAGAAGGGGCCAUUGAAAAUGCUUGCCUGCGGUGCAAUGGGAGGGCCUUGGAAGAACUUCGCGGGCAGUACAUUAAAGCUGUAAAAAAAAUUAAGCGUGACAUGCUUCGUUAUAUUCAGGAGAGUAAGGAAAGAGCUGCAGAAAUGGUAAAAGCAGAGGUACUGCGAGAACGUCAAGAAACAGCCCGAAAGAUGCGCAAAUAUUAUUUGAUUUGCCUCCAACAGAUUUUGCAGGAUAAUGGAAAAGAAGAAGGGGCUGAGAAAAAGAUUAUGAAUGCUGCUAGCAAACUUGCUACAGUGGCAAAAUUGCUGGAAUCGCCUAUUUCCAAUAGACCCCAGAGCAAAACUACACAGUCAGCACUGCCCCUGACUUCCGUGAUGCUGAUUGGAGUUGAAAAAUCAAAAAGAAGUGAUGUGAAUCAGAAUAUACCACAUUAUAUUGAAAGCAAAUCAAGCAGUGUAAAAACUGUCCCCAGAAGUAUGUGCGAACAAGUUCCUAAGAGGAGGGCUGCUUUUAACUUACGGAGGCGGUUAGAGGACUCAGAGCACGGGGACAGAAAGCAUGUGGAUUCCAAAGAGUCACAUUUGGACUUUCAGUUUGGGGACAGGAGUUGCAAGCACCUAGAUAUUUUGCCAAGAAAUGUUUCUCUUGAGUUUGUUCCUUGUGAAGGUGAAGGAGGCUUUGGUUUAUACAAGAAGAAUGACCUACUUAGUGAUACUGGUUCUGAAUCACUUCUACACUCAGCCGCAUACCCCUUUCUUGGAACCUUCGGAAAUAAACCCUCACCUAGAUGUACCCCUGGUCUUUCUGAAUCAGGAUCCACACAUAUAACCUUUCAAGGUCCUGAUGAAAGACCUGGUUUAAAAGUAUAUACUUGUAAUCCAGUAAUGGAGAGUGAAAAUGCUGCAUCUGAGAAAAGUCAAGGUUUAGGAGUUCAGGAAGCUCCAGUAAAGGAUGGAGGGGAUCUUAGUGACUCCUUAGGUUGGCAUUCCAAAAGUGCAACUUUACCCUGUAGCAGCAAUGAAGUGUCAUUUUUACACAGUAGGCCGCAAGGAACUCAGGAUAUACUAGGUGAGUUUGUUAAUUUCAAACAGUUUUCAGCAACCAAUUGUCUUUCAGAUACAGAGAAAAAUAAUCUGAUUUGUCAACAGAUGAAAUGUCACAGUGAUCACACUCCAGACCUGUCAGAAGAAGCCAUGUAUUCUCAGCCAGGGAAGAUCAGUGUGACCCUUGGACAUCCGUCUUGUCAUAAGGCUGAUACAUUAAAGUCAGAUUUCAAAAAAUUGAGCAAUACAGUACCAUCUUCAGCGUGUCGGCAGCCUUCACGGAAAGUAAUUGCUCCCUUGUCUAGCCAACAAGAUAGUGGCUUUGAUAGCCCAUUUGUCAAUGUAGACUAAUUGUUGUACAGUAUUUAAGAAGAAUCAUUAAUAUAUUG